UUACAUUCCGCAGUGAAAGUUUUGUCUGGUUUGAAACGGCGGAAGUUAACUUUUUGGCCAUUGAAUAACAUGAGAAGCGCAGAGGGAGGUGCUGAAUAUCUUAGAAACAGGGGUGUCAUUUUAGCUUUAUUCCCGUCAGAUCUGGCUUUAUUUGAAGUCCCAAUGCGGGAAAAAUUUGAAAACGGCGGGUUGCGGGAAUUCUGGCUUUAAAAAAAUUAAUUUAGCUCUAUUUUAGCUUUAUUUAAUUUUCACGAUUUAUUUUGCUUUUUAUCUUUCUCAACACUAAAAAUCAUGAAUACAAGUAUCGAUACAUGAUUUUGUAUCAUACAAUCUAUCGAUAUCUUUUCGUGGUUUGAGUAACAGCGUUUGUGUUUUAAGUUUUACUGCGUUGAGAACAUUAGUUGAGAAAUGUCGAAGGUAUACAAGCAAAGUGUUCGCGAUGUGUGGCUACAGGCUGACGAGUUUAAAGAUUGGCUACGGAAAGACCUAACAGAUUCCACCAGGGCGUACUGCAGCUACUGCAAGUGCGGUCUUACUGCAAAGCUUUGCGACUUGCGUGCCCACGCCUCAACAAAAAAACACAAAGGUGCACUAAGUGGAUUUACACAAAAAGAAAAAAUUGAUUUUAGGCAAACUCCAUCGAAAACCACGGAGCAAGAGGUAGCACUUUGCCUCUUUGUGGCAAAGCACAGUUCAGUUGCUCCAAUAAACCACCUGGGCAGUCUCUGCCAAAAAAAAUUUUGUGACAGUAUUACUGCGUCUCGCAUAAAGCUGCACCGUACGAAAUGUACAUAUAUUAUAAAAAAUGCGUUGGCUCCUCAUUUUCGAGAGGAUCUUAGAGAUGACAUUGGAAGUGCUAAAUUUAGUCUAAUUCUGGAUGAAUCAACUGAUAUAAGUUGCACUAAGCUGCUCGGUAAAUAAAAAUUCUUUUUUUAAUCACCUGCCCUCUUUUUAAAAGUUUGAAUAUUUUCUAAUUUGUAUGCAUGUAUAUUUAUAAUUUGUACGUUGAUGUUGUUUAGGUGUCGUUAUUAAAUACGUUUCGGUUAAGCGUGCAGUGAUGGUAUCAACGUUUCUCAGCUUAAUUUCAUUAGAAAGUGGAGAUUCGUUGUCAAUUGUUGAUGGCAUUAAAAAAGAACUUAGAAACUGGAAUUUGGAUUUAGCCAAUUUGGUAGGCAUCGGCACAGACAAUGCCAAUGUCAUGAUUGGCUCAAAUCAAAGUGUAUAUACGGAGAUGAAGAAGGUAGCGCCUUCACUCCUUUUAAUUAAAUGUGUCUGCCACUCCGUGCAGCUAGCAGUGAACCAUGCCUGCAAGCAAUGUUUCCCAGAGGGACUGGAAUACCUCGUAUAUGGGACAUAUAAUUGGUUCGCUAAAAGCGCAAGCCGUCAAAUUGCUUAUAAAAAAAUUUAUCAAUGUAUAAAUGAUGAGAAGGUAUAUCUAAAUAUAAAAACCCCGUCGUGUUUGUCUGUAGUUCUUGAUUCCCCAUUUGUAUUAUCACUUUUAAAUCGCUGCAGUUAUUGUUAUCGUGUAAUUAUUUGUGGUCUAAGUUACUGUGUGUUUUCUUGGGAAAAUAGUUUAUUUACAUAUCAAUUUGUUUUCUAAAAGGCUCCCCUUAAAAUUCCACGAGUGUCGGAUACACGAUGGCUCUCAAUUGAAUUGGCAGUAACUCGAAUUUUGGAGCAGUGGCAUGAGCUAACACUUCAUUUUGGUAUUGCUGGUACGCAAGAAAAAUGUUUACAAGCUCAACACCUCAGCGAAUUAUUUAAGGACGUGCAAAAUCUGUUAUAUCUUCAGUUUUUGAAACCAGUUUUGCAAGAAAUGCAACAUGUUAAUAAAUGCUUCCAGAGUCAAAAUACAGACUCAUCAAAAUUGCUGAAUGACUUGAUACUAGCAAUAAGGUCUCUGCAAAAGAAAAUUAUUCCAGAAGAACAAAAAAUCGACAUAUUAUUUGAAAACGAUUUUGAAGAAUUUGUAGCCAAAGACCUAUAUCUUGGCUAUGAAUUUGAAAAACUGAUUAAAAAUAUUAAAAUGGACAUGCCUGCAGAAUCAGUCAUUAGGGAGUGCUGCGCGAAUUUUGUAAUUGAGCUUGUAAAGCAGUUGAAGCAAAGGCUGCCCGAUAAUUUUGAGAUACUAAGACAAAGCGAUGUAUUCGCUGUGGAAAAUGUUUUGAAUUUUAAGCAGCCCAAUAUCGUUGCCGUUCUCGAAUUUUUUAAAAUUUCAAAAAUUGCUGAUAUUGAAAGACAAUAUGCUGAUGUACGACUGUGUUCUUGGCAAAACACAGAAAAUACGCUGGCAUUUUGGCUGGAAGUACUAGCGUACCGUGACUCAGCCGGAAACCAACGGUUUUAUGAAUUGGCAAGCGUUGCGGUACAGAUUCUGUCAUUGCCAUGGUCAAACGCAGAUGUAGAGCGGGUCUUCAGCCAAGUCAAUUUAGUUAAAUCUAAAUUAAGAAAUGGAAUGAAUUUAGAUACUCUUAACUCUAUUUUAAGCGUAAGAUACGGACUAAGUCGUAACAACAAAUGCUGCUACGAGUACACAUUGCCUCCUAAAUGGAUGCAAGCAGUAAGCAAUCGAGCUUAUUAUCCAGACGAAGAGGCAGUGAGUUUGGAUGAACUCAUAAAUGAGCUGCAGGAGUAAUCAAAUUUAACAUUAACGUGAAUUUAAAAUAAUUUUUAAUUUUAUUAUUAUGUUUAAAAGAAUCAUUGUCAAGUCAUUGAAUAUCAAUUUAAAACAAAUGAAUAAAAAUAAAUUAAUUUAACUAAGAAAAUUAUGUUUUUAAGCUUAGCUUUUAUUUUGGCUUAAUUUUUCUUAAAUUUAGCUUCUUUUAGCUUCUUUUUUUUUGCAAAUCUGGCUCUAUUUACUCGAAAAAUUAUGACAGCACUGCUUAGAAAUCAACAAUUGCACAGCAAAACAAUAAAUAUGUAAGCUAGAGAAGCUAGAAGCGUGAUAAGAGAUAGCAUAUAUAAAAGAGCCCUGAGUUGUAUAAUAUAUAAAAUAUAUAUAUCAAAUAUGUGAGAAUUCCAUAGAGAGGCGUCGGAUAGAAACAUAAAAAAAUUGUAUAAAAUGAAAAAAAAAAAUAAAUAAAUAAAAUAAAAUAAAUAACGAUAAUUGGAGAAUUACAUUGAUAUAAAGCUCAAAGUUUUUUCUUCCUCUUAUAUGCGUUACGAAAAUAUUUUUAAAAUAUUCUUAUUUUACAGAAAUAACGAAAGAAAAUUACAUAGAACGCCGUCUGUAGAUUAUAGAAAAAAAAAAUCUAAAUUAAUUUAAAAAAAAAAGAUUUUGUAGAUAUAAAUAAAUAAAGAGAAACCUCUACUGUCCUAUGUCUCUACUAUAUCUGUCAUUCUUAAAAGCUUUCAUCGCAUGAGAAGAAUUGCAUAGACAGCGGCAGCUUAAUUUUUAUAUUAUUCUUUUUAAUCAAGUAAAACGCUUCUGGGAAUUUCCUGCUUCAACUCACUCCAAAUGAUAUUUGAGAUGUGUUUUAUGCAUUUUCCUGCUGUCACGCCUCGCCCCUGCGUGGCUAAUAUUAUUUCCUUUGUGCUUCUUUGUUUGGCUUCCAUUCUUUUAUUUAUCGAUUUAUAGAAACUGGAGGUUUCGUAAUUAGUUGAAACAAAUUGUCUUUCGUACUAAAUCAAUUUUCAAAGUCCUUAAAAUGUACAGAAAAAAAAUAAAUAAACAGGAGUAAGAGACACAUUUUCUGGAGGCGGUAAAUACAUUCUUGACACUCGUUUAUAAAAUAUAAAGCACAAAUAAAUGAAAUAAAUGAAAAGGGGUAUCAUUAUUUUUGGAAGGCAAAUGAAAGGAUCCUUUUUUUUUUAGAGGGAGUUAAUAAUAUAUUUACAAAUGUUUAAGUUUACCCAAUGAGUGUCCUUCAAUGUAAAGAAACCUUCAACCUUUUUACAUAGAAGUAAAAAAAAAGGUGAGUUUUCCACAACAAAUUUUUGUCAGAAGGACUUAAAAAUAAACUUGCAGGU